AUGGAGCACUCUGUUGGUGUUUUGCACCAGCUGGUUGCCCGUGCCACUACAUCUGAGGAUGUCACACAGACAUCUAGCUCGGCUUCGGCCUUGGUGAGCACUCUGAUUCCAGCCUUGAUCAUUUUCUUCGUUAUGGUCGGCUUGUUCGUUAUCCUGCGUCGCAGCGAACGCAGGAUGUAUAUGCCGCGUACCUAUAUCGGCUAUCUUAAACCAUGGCAACGCACCCCCGAUUCUCCCACUGGCUUGACCGACUGGAUCAUCUCCAUGUACAAGCUUCCAGAUACCUAUGUCUUGCAGCAUCACUCCAUGGACGCCUACCUCCUGCUUCGCUUCCUGAAGCUGGCUGCGCUAAUCAUGCUUGUCGGUUGCUUCAUCACAUGGCCAGUACUCUUCCCAGUCAAUGCGACUGCUCAUGGCGGGGAAAGCCAACUGGAUCUCCUGAGUAUCGCCAAUAUCGAUGCGAAGAAGGAUGCCGGUCGCUACUUUGCGCAUUGCUUCAUCGCAUGGAUAUUCGUUAGCUUCAUCUUCGUCAUGAUUACUCGUGAGCACAUCUACUACAUUAACCUGCGCCAGGCCUACUUCUUCUCCCCCGCCUACGCGAACCGUAUCUCGUCGCGCACCGUUCUCUUCACCGCUGUUACCGAUGACUACCUCAACAAGGACAAGUUGCGCGCCAUGUGGGGAAUUGACAAGGUCAAGAACGUCUGGCUCGCCACUGAUACCAAGGAAUUAGAGGAGAAAGUGAAGGAUCGUGAUAGCGCCGCCAUUAAGCUUGAGGGAGCUACAACCAAGCUUAUUAUGCUCGCCAACAAGAAUCGCCUCAAGGCUCUGAAGAAGCAGAAGAAGGCCGGCGGUGAUGGUGAUUUGACCGAAGAAGAGCCUAUAGGCGAAUUCGACGACGAGUCCGGCUCCGUUGCCGCUCGUUGGGUCGAGGCCAAGGAUCGCCCUACUCAUCGUCUCAAGUUCCUCAUUGGCGAAAAGGUCGACACCAUCAACUGGGCUCGCUCGGAGAUUGAGCGCCUGAGUCCUGAAAUUGAAGAAUUGCAGGCCAAGCACCGUGCAGGUGAAACCAAGCUCGUCUCUUCUGUGUUUGUUGAGUUCUAUAAGCAGGCUGAUGCGCAAAGCGCUUUCCAGUCCGUGGCUCACAACCUACCCUUGCACAUGUCUCCUCGUUAUAUCGGCCUGGACCCUACCCAAAUUAUCUGGAGUAACCUCCGCAUCAAGUGGUGGGAGCGCAUAAUUCGCUACAGCAGCACCAUGGCUUUCAUCGUUGCAAUGAUCAUUUUCUGGGCUAUUCCCACUGCCGUUGUUGGUUCUAUUUCCAACAUCAACUUCUUGGUCUCAGUGGCUCCUUUCCUGGGCUUUAUCAACUCUAUCCCCAGCGUGAUCAAGGGUGUUAUCACCGGUCUUCUGCCCACCGUCUUGAUGUCUGUCCUAAUCUCUCUGGUUCCCGUGAUUAUGCGAGCGAUGGCCAAGUUGGGCGGCGCCCCCUCUUUGGCAUCCAUUGAACUCACCACCCAGAACUGGUUCUUCGCUUUCCAGAUCGUUCAGGUCUUUUUGGUGCUCACCCUGGCUUCUGCCGCUACCAGUGUCGUCGGUUCGAUCAUCAAGGAUCCCAGCUCUGCUGCAAAUCUGCUUGCCAGCAAGAUUCCCCGUGCCUCCAACUUCUACAUCUCUUACAUCAUUUUGCAAGGCUUGUCUUUCAGUUCUGGUGCCCUCGUCCAGAUCGCUGGUCUGAUUGUUGGCAAGAUCUUGGGUAAAUUCCUUGACAAGACGCCCCGCAAGAUGUACAAGCGCUGGUCAAGCCUGGCUGGUCUCGGUUGGGGUACUGUGUACCCUAUGUUCACCAUGCUGACUGCUAUCGGCAUUAUCUACUCCUGCAUUGCUCCUCUGGUCAUGGGCUUCGCUACAAUUGGUCUGUAUCUCUUCUACUUCGCCUACCGCUACAAUUUGCUGUAUGUGUCCAAUGCCACUAUCGAUACUCAGGGCAAGACAUACACUCGUGCUUUGCAGCAUCUCACUAUUGGCUGCUACAUCCUGGUUGUUUGCCUGAUUGGUCUGUUUGCCAUCGGCAGUGGCUCUAGCCGGAUUGCUGUCGGUCCUCUCAUUCUGAUGAUCAUCUACUUGGUCUUCCUCGCCUUGUACCACAUUUCUCUGAACACCGCCAUGGAUCCGCUCAUCCAAUACCUGCCCAAGAACCUCGAGGCUGAGGAGGAGGGUCUCCUUUCUGCUGAAGACAAGAAAGUCGACUCCAUUGAUGUGGAGCGGAAUGACAGUCUCAUCGGCCCCAGCACUUCCGCUGCAGGCGAGCAAAAUGUUGACAGCUUUGGUAACGUUGACACGGCUGAGAAGGGUCUGACCACUUCCGACUCUGCCGCGCAACCCAAGGAGGCAAACUUUUUUAUGCGAUGGUUCCGUCCUGACAUCUAUGCCAGCUAUUACCACUUCCGCAACCUGGUCCCCAGCCCGCUGGAGGUCCCUCAGUACUCGGAGGUAGUUGAGCGUGAUGCUUACUGUCACCCUGCUGUUAACUCCCAGCCCCCUCUUCUCUGGAUCCCCCGUGAUCCUCUUGGCAUCAGCAAGCAGGAGGUUGCGCACACUUCCCGUGUCAUUCCCAUUUCCGACGAGGAUGCCUGGAUUGACGAGAAUGCCAAGCUCUCCUGGAAUAUCGACGAAGGCCAGCCCCCGAUCUACGAGGAGAAGAUUGCCUACUAA